ACACAUCCAUAUAUGGAUGAGCACCGUGACAGGUGCUUGCAUGAAUCAGGAACGCGGACUGCGAAGUUGGCUCAAACCCCUCCCGUAUCUUGAUUGGUGCCUAGCCUUCUUUUCUAAAAAUCGGGACUUUUCUCCCUAAUUCGUGCUUUUCCACUGAGCUAUUUGAAGGCACAGCGCCCAUUUCUUCUGACUUCCCCGGCAAUUGUUGUCGAUCGUCGCCUUGAUCCGAGUUUCCGCUGUUUAUAGCUUCCUACCUCUCAAACGGCCGGUUCUAUCUUUCGAUAGCGAGGAUUUGGAUUUGUAUCGCGUUGUGCUGAGCCCUGGAGGAUUCUGGCAUCGUGAGCAAGGAUAUGACCCGUGGCUGUUUAGCAGGUGCGUCGGUUCAGCUUUUCAUGGAUUCUGGUAGGAAUGGGGUCAGAUUUGUAGUUUUGCGAAACUAGGGUUUGUGCGCGCCGGCGGAAUCCGAAUUUUGGUGUCUGCCUGCCGGUUUAUUGCGAUAAUUGUUACAUGAGAGAUUUAGUUAAUGGUUGGGAUGGAUGUGGAGUUAUCAAAGGACGGUGCUUCUUUGGACCCUGAGCUGCUUCAACUGGCGGAGGUUUCUCCCCUGGCCUUGAAGGAAAACCCUUGUGUUGCGGAGCAGCUAUAUUCCCAGUGGCUUUCUCUCCCAGAGACUGUUCGUCUGGUUAAAUCUUUAAUUGAAGAUGCAAAGGCUGGAUUGCCAUUGAAUGUUUCUAGCAUCACUGGUGGUGCAAAUAUUGCUACUAGCAAUGCAUUGCCUUCUAUGUUCCCUGCUGGCAGUGUACCACCUCUUUCCCCUAGAAGCAGCUCUGGAUCUCCUCGUUUCAUGAAACGAGGUUCACCUGCGGGGCCAUCGUCUCUGGGAUCUCCAUUAAAAAUAGUUAGAGAGCCAGCCAAAGAAGUCAUCCCUCAGUUCUACUUUCAGAAUGGACAGCCGCCCCCAAAAGAACUAAAAGACCAGUGCUUAGAAAGAAUUGCUCAGAUUUUCUCCGGCAAGUUGGAUGGAUUGCAAAUUCAUGAGUUCAAGUCUGUUACAAAAGAAAUCUGCAAGCUGCCGUCAUUCUUUUCUAGUGUUCUUUUCAGAAAGAUUGACGCAGAAUGUGCUGGAACUGUAAAUAGGGAUGCAUUUGUUAAUUAUUGGGUGAAUAGCAAUAUGAUGACUAUGGAUACGGCAACUCAAAUAUUUAAUAUUUUGAAGCCUUCGGAUCGCAAGUACCUUAUUCAGGAGGACUUCAAACCUGUACUCAGAGAACUUUUGGCAACUCAUCCAGGAUUGGAAUUUUUACAGGGUACUCCUGAGUUUCAGGAAAGAUACGCUGAAACUGUCAUCUAUCGAAUAUUCUACUAUGUGAAUAGAUCGGGUAAUGGUCAUCUAACCCUUAGAGAGCUUAAGCGUGGAAAUCUAAUUGCUGCUAUGCAACAUGCUGAUGAGGAAGAGGACAUCAACAUGGUUUUGAG